UCGCGGCCUAAACGCUUCUCUAACGCAACGCGAAUUGGGUUUGCAAAAGUCGACGCGAAGAAACUAAAAUAGAAAUGUCUUCAGCAAAAGCUAAGCCCGCUAAGACCCCCGCCUCCCAUCCAAAAUACAUCGACAUGAUAGUGAAUGCAAUCAAAGCACUUGCUGACAAAAGCGGCUCGUCUCGACAGGCCAUCAAUAAGUACAUUGUGAAGGAGUACAACCUGACCGAGAACAAUCACCACAACGCAAUGCUGAAACAAGCCCUCAAGCGGGGUUCCGGUGCAAACGGUCCACUGGCUCACAACAAGGGCAAGGGGGCGGCUGGAUCUUUCAAGAUUAAACCUGCUCCGGUAAAGCCUGCAAAACCGGCCGCGAAGAAGGCACCAGCGAAGAAAAAGGCGCCGGUGAAGAAAAGUGCUGCCAAGAAAGGGCCCUCGAAGAAAAAGGUUUCAACUAAGCCUGCCAAAUCGGCCGUGCCUGCUACUUUGCCAGCGGAAACGCCGCCAGUGGCACCGGCACCAGCGCCUGAAAAGCCCGCCAAAACAGCCAAGCCUUCAAAACCCGCCAAAACUGCCAAGCCAAAGGUAACUAAGGAGAAGAGCUCGAAAAAAUCAAAGGCUGCCUCGCCGAAAAAGCCCAAGGUCGUGAAAGCCAAGAAGUCACCUAAAAAGGCAAAGAAAGGAGCUGCUUCCAAGAAGUAAACUCCGUCAAAUCAAACUGUUACAUGCUCACUCAAGAAACGAUUUUGUUGUGAGUAGGUUUUCGUUGUAGUUAUCCUUUAUAACAAGCAGGACAGUCAUGUAUAUAUAUAUUUUGUAAUAUAAAUAGUCAAGUGUUUAAAAUACUUGCAGUGAUUUUGACAUUCACAUGGCCAAGAUUACGCAAUGUGAUUUUUAGUCAAUCCUAGACCGAUUUUUAAUUUUAGGAGUGAUUGUGAAACAAAACUGAUAAGGCAUAAGGCUGGUUACUAGCACUGUAGCGUUUGGUCUAACCGCAGGCUACGUGAGAUGAAGCUCAUCAGUGCUGUAUAAGAUAGCAGCCUCGACUUACAUGUAACAUCACCCUCAUCUCAACCCGAAUUUAGCUACAAAAUAAACCAGGUCUGACCAAGCGUUUGUUAAUUAAUCAGCCCUUUAUGUUAGGUCAAGAUAGACUGAGUACAGAGCAAUGUUACUAUUUCAUGUCAGUUUUUUUUCUCGUGUCAAAAUCACCACAAAGUGGCUGAUUCACAUUGAACAAAGCAAGAGUACUUUGAAGUUGUCUAUAAAGCCAUUUUUUAUCGAUGAUGGAACAUGUAAGGCAACAAAGACCAAAAUGUAAUAAAGUUUACAGUCUGACUGGA